UCAGUUUUGUAAUUAGGUUUACUUUAAGUUCUAUCAGUCUAUUGGAAACAUGGAAAUGACAAACGAGAUUCUUGGGAGGUGGGACAUCUUUGAGAGCUGUCUUGAUAGCGAUGAAACUAAGCUAUUGUCUGGUGAUGUUGGGAAAAAAAUGUCAUACAAUGUUAAAAAUAUUGGCAACAUUUUACCACAAACACCUAUUUUUCACAAUCCAUCCAUAUACGUUGUACAAUCAGAAAGUGGAAAUACUGCAAUAGCAGUCGAUGGCUUCCUACACAUAGUUGAGGAAGGAGAUGAUUCUCCCAAGGCUAUAAUAAAUAUAGGAUGUAGAGUUGAUUCGUUAUGUUUUUGUCCGGAUGGUUCAAUGGUUAUUGUUGUCGACAAUUCUGGAGUUAUCCAUUUAGUUUCCAUUGCAACUGGAAAAGUAAUGUUUUCACACAAAUUUGUUGAAUUCGACGAAAAAACAAGAAUUCCAUUGAAAUUCAAUAAAAAGAACAAUAUGUUUUGUUCUGUUACAUGCUCUGAAAAUGAAAGAAAUAAAGGUUUUUUCUUCAUUGGUGUUGCCUUGACCUCAUCAGAAUUCUAUGUGUUUUCAAAUAUCAAGCUACAUUCAUUAAAAAAAGCACAUAUCACCAAGGAUGUGGAACUAAUGAAAUCACUCCAAGUGCAAAUGAAUAUAAAAUCAUACAAUGUUUCAGAUGUACAUAAUAAUGCUAUUACGGACAUGAUUGGCUUCAAUGAUGGAUUUUGUCAAAAGUUUAUUACAAUCGGCAGGGGUGACGGUUGUGUUUCUCUGUGGAGUCAAGACUUUGACCCAUUUGUGGAAAUUGAUUGCGAUGAAUCUUCACCUUUCACUCUUAACUUUUAUGCUGACUCUGAUCUCUUUUAUGAAGACGGAAACAUUAGCAUCGUAAAAUCCAUUCUUAUUGAGGAUCACUUAUAUGCAUUAGAUUCUAAGGGCUGUAUGUUUCUGUUGGAUAUCAAAGAUCUGAUAGUUUUGAGAUUAUGGAAGCACACGAAGAUUAAGGAAUUUGCCAUUGUCAAAUCUGGAAGUGUAAAUUUAAGAACGAAUAUACAUGGAAUGAAUUAUCAAUGGUUUGCAAAACUAUAUACAAUUGUAACGGAUGCGUCUGGGUAUGAGAAGUUCUGUGUCUUGCAACUUCCCACUAUAACACCGAUAUUUGAAUAUCCAUUACAACAGUCAACUUUUCAAACAAUUGCAUUUGGAUCACCUUUUCUUGAAGAUAUACUAUUUGUCAGCUGUGAAGAUCGUGGAAACUUAUCAGUAUGCCUUAAUCAAGUGAGCGAGGCAUCACCUGAAGAUAGAGUUCGAAGGCUAAUAAAUAAUCGUAGAUUUGAUGAAGCAGAGAAAUUUGCUCUGGCACUCAAUGUGGAUAUUCAACAAGUUUAUUUUGGAAAGGCAUCUUAUUUAUCGGCAGAAAUAUCAGGAUUGAGUGAAAAUGAUCAAUCAUCUUUAGAAACCAUGUUUCUUGAGUUUAUCAAGUGCCUAAAAAAAUUGAAUGAUGGCAUCGCUGUUGUGAAGUUUUGUCUAGAAACAAUUAUACCGGAUGUUAAAAGGAAUUAUCAACUUCUUAGUAUUGGACAAUCAAGACUCAAUUAUAAUGAUGUGGAUAGAAAUGAACAUGAAAAAGAGUUAGUAUCGGAGAUCAUUCAUCGAAUGGACAGACUUGUAACUUUUCGUAUCGCAGGGUACAAUCAAAAAGAUUGGAUAAGAUUUUGUAAUACUGAUCUUCCACUUGAGCUUGUACGAUUAUUAGAUGCUGGAAAUAUGUCAGCUUCCGCUAUCGUACUUUCAAGGCAUAAGGCGUGUCUUCUCAAUUUUUUGGACAGACCUACUUGUCCAAAUCCUCUUCCUCUUGAAAAGCGUCUCGAGGAAUUUCUUGAACAUGUUCCAGAUACUACUGAUGUUGAUCAAGUUGUUCAUUGGUUAGAGAAUUCUCUCUUACCCACUUUAUUGCCAAAAUUUUCAUGCAGUUUGAAGGUUUUAGCAAGUUGGUUGCAUAUGCGAGCUGAAUCUUAUGAACAUUCGCAACCUUCAGAAUGGCCGGAAAAUGGAAUAAAAAUGACGAAUGUACUUUUCAAUGUUCAAAGUCGAAUGUCCGUAUUGGGUUUUACAAGAGCUCUACCAUCUGCAACUUCUCCGGCAUUCAAAUCAACAUCAGAAGAAGUUGCAAAGUUGAGAUUACUAUCGUCACGAUUACAAGUUCUUUUGCAAUUAAAACAAAAGUACAAGUGUAACAUUACCUUGUCUGAGUUUGCUGAGGAAACAACUCUGUCACUGACGUACAGAAUGUUGGAUCGGGUCAUGGUUCCAGAAUUAAUGUCUUCAGUGCUACAACAGACUGUACGGCCAUAUAUGAGAGAACAUAAUCUUAGCGAAGAGGAAGUUUUACUUGGAUAUGUCGAGGAUCUAUUUUCACGCUUCCAUUCUAUAUCACGAGGUUCAAUGGAAUCUUUGAUGCAAAGAAGAAUUAUUGCGAUAUUACAAUGCAUUACGGAUUCUCAGGUUCUGUUGAAAGCUACAGUCAAACUUGCGAAAGGAGCUUCAGUACCAUGGUCUGAAGACAUUCACUUACUUGUAAACAAUGGAAUAAAAAUGGCUCAGUCUGCAAACAAGGAUACAGGGGAUACAUGUGCAAAUAUGGAUGAAAAUUCUAAAUUUUUGAAAGAAUUGCAAUAUUGGAAACAUAUUGAACAACUUCCUGGUGUACUGGCAGAGCAUGGUUUAUUUACCAUUGAUAUAAAAAAUCCAUCCUCCUUGAUGCAAGUUGUCAGGUUUUUGAUUUGUCAGAACACCAAAGAAUCUUUAACCCAAGCGAAUCACUUUCGUAAAACUUUCACAACAAUAUCAGACAUUGAUAUGUACAGGUUCCGUCUAGUAUAUCUGCUAGGUAACAACAAGGUAAACGAUUGUGUGGAUUUACUGAUCGAAGCCGAAAAAGAAAAACAUUCUCUUGAUAUUUGUCUUGUCAAACACAUAAUCUGUUUAGCUGAAACUUAUCUGGAUGAUUCGGAUGAUAUCAAUAUUGAAGAUAGAGUCACUCAUUGCAGUGCUGCAAUAUCGAUGAUAGAACAUUUACUCCAUAGACUUGAAAGUGGAAAACUUGGUUCUGUGAAAAACUUUGACAACUUAGAUUUGUUCUUACGAGACAAAUUGGAACUAUUGGAAAAUAUUUCGAAGCUUCAGGUCAAAUGCUCUGAAGUCGUAUCGGUUGACGAAUACAAAGAUGAAAAAUUUCGAUCCUCGCUUGUAUCAAAAUAUAUUGAAAGUUAUAGUUCCUCUUUCGAUUUUGCCACUUCAUCAAAAUCUACCUCUGCAAAUGAAUCUAAACACAUAAUCACUUCUACUGAAGAUGCGUUCUUGAGACGUGACAAAAUAUUGGACAUCAAAGAUUUUCAUGAUAUGGUUGAUACUCCAUCUACUGGUUUAUCACAAAUUUUAAAUAUUGCUAGCAUUUUGCAAACUCCGAGCGAUAAAUUAAGAGGUUGGAUUGCGUUGAAUGCGGCAAAGAAAGGUGGUUUCGGCAUUUCUACUGCACUGCAUCUUUGCAGAGAUCAACUGCGGAUAUCACCAAAUGAAGAAGUAGCUCAAACAACAUUUCAAGUUGUCAUCGAAUCUAUGAAUCAAUUACCUCUUUCAUCUAAGAAAAUAUUAGGUGUUAUUCAGCAACUUCUAGAAUUGUCUGCUGAAGCAAUGAUGCAUUGUAAAUCAGAAAAAAUAAUAGAUGGAAUGGGGAUGUGUAAUAUAUUAACCCUUUGCAAUGGAUUACAAAGAGUAACGGACAACAGAACUGAGUCGGACAUAUUUGUCAGGGAAUCAAUUUCAAAGAAAAAUCCUUUUGCAAAAUUAACGACUUUGUGUCCUUAUAUGGAAGAAGACAAUGGUUUAAUGUUACAAUUACAUGAAAUUUUACCUACUUUUACACAGACUUGCAAAAACUUUUUAAAUAGCAGUCAUUGCGACAUCGCUGAACUACAACAACUAACGUUGACAAUGACAACGAUAUUACAAAACUCACAACAAACACAACUGUCACUGUUAUGGAUGAUAAUGUGUGUUGGAUCAAGCAUGAGACGACUGGCAAGUCGAUGGAACCCCUUGGAUAAAGAGGAAAGCAAUAAGGUAUUGGAACAUCUUUUAUCAAUGCUUGAAGGUGUUGACAAAAUGCUCUCUGAGCACAUCGACAACUGUAUAACUAAGGUGCUCAAUGCGAAAGUAGUUGACGUAGAUCUUAUCAUCGGCCUUCUUACUCUGAUGUCAAAAUCCAAACCUCGCGAGUUACUUCAAGGAGAGUUGAAUAAAGCUGGCAAAGAUUGCAAGAAAAUACUGGCAAUAGCAAAAGCAGGAAUUGCAAUAAUGCGGUUGAAUUUGAUGGACCAAGAAGUUGAAAGAUUUCAAAACUUAUUUUUAAGUUCAAGAUGGGGAAAAACUCUUCAACCAAUGCAGAUACCAUAUGAUCAUGCUCACUUUUCGCAUCAAUCAUAUAGGAGGGAGUUACUUGAUAAAUUGAUUUAUCAUCGAGAUUCGGAAGGACAACUCUUGGUGGAUUUCUGCUUAGAUUUUGAUAUGGAUAUCACUUCAACUCUUAUUGAGUAUACGAGAGUUUUGCUCUCUGAUCCAAGUUGCCUUGUAAAAACUGAAAUACAAAAACUCAAAUCUGGCGAUGGUAUCCUUGUUAGCCCUUCAGCAUUGCAUUUACCUUUUGAUAUUCGACUGAUGAAAUGGGAAAACCAAACAACAAAACCGCAAUGUGAGGAACCAGAUGCCAAUAGGCCAUGGUCCAGUGUAAAAAAGGAACUGGCUUUUGUCAGAAGUAGAGUAAGUGAUAAGAGGAAAUUUUGUCAGCAAUUGGUGAAAAUAUUGAGACUGGAAUGUAGUCCGUACUAUUAUAAACGAGCCAAAUUUCUACUCAAUCUUAUCGAAGAUUGCAACAAUGUACAAUCUGAAGUUGAUGUCAAAAAGGGUAUAGAGCUUAUAGAAUGUCUAAAGUUGAUAAAGAGAUGCAGCACUGUCAGUGCUUAUGAACGAGAGAAUUGGAAUAUCAAGGCGGAAUCGGGGACUAGUCAUAAACUACCUGAAAUAUCAGCCCAGAGGCUUCCUCUUCAUCCACUACUUUUCGGGGAUGCAAGUGUUGCAUGGAAAAUUAUCAAUCCUGAACUAAACAAAAAUUCGGCUUUGAAACUUGAACCUAUCGUUCGCAUCUUAUCAUUAAGUAGUGAUAAAAUGUUUAUGACAGCUGCUGAUAAUUUUAUAAGAACACACAUUGACAAAAAUGAAGGAAAUGUCAGUUUUUCUCUGGAAGAGUUGAAAGAUGUUCGAUCUUUAACUGACAUGGUUCAGGAUUUACGAAUGAAAACUGCGAUUUCAAAAAGGAUCGCACAACUAUUGCCAAUUUCUGAGCAAAAAGUAGAAAUUUGCGAAUGGUGCUUCCGACUCUCUGAACAAUGGUUAACUGAGUUACCUAAAGACGCUGUUGAUUAUUCUACAGUUGUCAACACUUGCAAAAUCUUGAAAUCUUUUUAUUUGAGCGUUGCAACGGAACAUGCUCUCCAGAAAAAUGAUCUUGUGACAGAGAGUGUCAUGUCUCUGGCUCACUCACCAAAAAAUUUGAUUCAUCUUCUUUAUCAACAUCCAAGUAUCAUACACAGAUAUUAUAAACCGGAUGCAGAGAAGUACCCAGAUAUUCAUUCAGCGGCGAACGAAAUUGCUGAAAUUCAUUCAGUUAAUAUAUUUCAAUUGAGAAUGUCUAUUUGUAUGGAAUGGUUGUUGUCUGAUGAUUCAACUUCGCAAGCGAAUGAUGACGAUUUGACUAUCAACAUUGCUAAUAUGAAAGCAAUAGAAAUGCUGAAUAAAAGUCCUGGAACGUCGUUGUCUAUGUGUGGUGAUGUCAUCAGAUUACUUUACGUUCUAUCACAUAUGCUGACAAAGCAAACAGCUAAAUAUCUGUUAGGAUUUGCUUUUGACCGAAACAAUCCUCGCUUGAUGAAUAGAAGUCGAGUACGAGCUUUACAAUGUGUGUUGAUACUUUUUAAUGAUGAUGUGAUUGAGGAAUUGACAAAUUCGAAAGCUCCUGAAAUUAGAGAGAAAUUGCGAUUGUUAUUCUAUCUCACUGAGUUUGAUGCCAUCGGAUUCUCUAUACCUGGUGCUGAAUUCCAGAAGCGAAAGAAGGAUGAAGUGGCAAGGAGUAUUUUUGCAUCACCAAGAUUUCAACACAAUCCGCGAGCUAUUAGAGUAGCAGCGGAGUUGUGUCGUGAAUACAAUACUUGGUGUCCAAAUACAUGGCAACUCCUGCUGCAGCAACUUGUGACAUUGAGACAAGUCUGUUAUCUUCGACAUCUCCUUCGUGAUAUAGGCUGCCAUGAUUGUAUUUCCUCACUGCCAUGUUUUUCCACCGUUUGGAAGACUUGUGUUACUUUACCAUUGGAUGUUAUGACACCACCGCUCAGUGAAGAGGAGGUCGAAGCUGCUGUUGUUUCAUACAACUUUUUGAUAGAUUGUCCUGUUCUUUUGCAAAUUAAUUUAAUUUCGAUUGCACAACAAUUUCUAUCCAUUGAACUGCCAUUGCUUGCUUUAGGUUGUCUGCUGGUUGAUCAGUCUCAAGAUGAAAAUGCAACAAAGCUUAUCAUGUCUGAUCAUGCUUUGAUCCAGGAUCAGUUGAAGCUGCUUCCAUCUAUUCAUGGACAUGCAAUGAUCAAUAAUGUUUUGCAAACCUGUAGAAGAUGAUAUAAGCUGUUCUCCAACUUCAAGUUCGCGUUUUUUUUUUGUUUCAACAAUUUUUGUACAGAGUUCUAUUAUACUACUAUAAAUAAUAAUAUCUUAUUGCAAAAGGUCAGAUUUAAGGUCUUGGAUGGUUUGAAAUUGCUCCCUAGAGAAUAGAUGUCGUCAAAGUUUUCAUUUUUUCUCUGUUUCAAACUGCAUCCCAAUAUUUGUAAAUUAAAUACUACUUCCACCCUUCUAAAUCGAAA